CUUGUCUGUAAACGAGAUGACAUCUGAAGUCACGUGACUCGCCAAAACCAGGCUUCUUUAAGAAUACAAGGCCAAGCUAAACGUACUUCAGAAUUGUGAAGAAGGCGAGGGGUUUAUCGGUAUUAUUUUCAUACAGGUAGGUCUUCCAUUUUAUGACAGGUAUCCGUGCGCUGCAUUAUGAAAAAAAUAUAUGUAUAUAAACUGUAUGCUUAUGUUGUCCUGUUUCAUUUGAGCGACAUUUUAAUAAAUAAUGAAAAAGAAAAAAAACAACCAAAAACCCGAACUAUUUCAUUUACACGUACUGCAUAUUUGUAAAUUAAUAUGAAAAUAUAAUAAUAUCACAAAAGAAAUAAAGCGAAAAUACAUUUAUAUGGGAUAGCAUAAUGGUCUGUUGGUAUCGUGUUGCUAGCCAGGGGCUAUUUCUACCUGUCAAAAGAGGCGAUAAUGUUGUCGGUGUACAUCUGACAUUUUUAAUUCAUCUUUAUUUAUUCAUUAUAAAGAAAGUCGGUGUCGAGCACAUCAUGGCCAUGCAAUCUAUUCAUGCGUACACUGAAGUAAACAAUUUUAAAGACCGCAAGUCCUGUAUACAUGUAUAUCGUAAGCAUUGUAUAGAAGAAAAGGUGUUAUUCACAUCAAAAUUUUGUCCAGAAAAAGAAAUGUUAGUAUCAAUGUGCUGGAAUGCAUAAUUUAAAUCAUCAACGGUAAUAUAGCAAUACAUUUAUCGUUGUUUGAGAGUGUAUGUAUGCGUAAAAUAUACAAAUUAAAUUGUCCAAAUUGUCAGAAAGGUGUGGAUAAAAUGGAUUGUUUUAAACGAAUAGUCUGAUAGUGCAGAGGCGGGUGAGUGUUUGACUAAAGUAGCAUUUGUUUGUUAUCGUCAACUGAACGUCAGAAGUGACAUUAGUCAUCUCAACAAUCCUCGUGUUUAGCCAGAAAAAAACGACAAUGGAUAAAAUAUGAUUUAUCACAAUUUAUUUGUGCGUAAUCUAAAUCUUGCAUAAUGAAACGAGAUUUUAUGAAUAUUUUGAUGUGUAAUUUUUCUGAUCGCGUUGUUUUGUAAAAGUGUACCUAGCAGGCACAUUGUCAUUUUUUUUUUUUUUUGCAUCGUUUAAAAAUACAUUUGAAAGUACACAAUUGCAGGGGAAAUAAUUAAUCCUAUUAGAGUAAGUUACCGUUGAAAGUUAUCUUGAUUUAGACUGGGUCUGCCAAAUUCUGCGAGAUAGGGUAUCCAAUUUCGAGAUAUACCUAGUUUAAAUCCACGUCGAAAAAAUAUCCCAAAAUUACGUCCGGAAUAUAGAAUAAAUAAAGAUAUCGUGUUACCAAAUUCUGCUUGAAGACAUUUUAAACUGUGCUGGAGUGGGGGUGUCUCGAAUUUUCAUACAUGUACUUCUUUCAUUUACCAAAUAUUCAUUUUUUUUUAUUCAAUCAAACUGUAAACUUCUUCUCUUUUCCGAAAAUUGUCUCACGAUCUGCAACAAACGAUUUAAAAACCUAUCUCAAUGUACGUUUUACAUACAAUACCCGAAAUUGUUGACAAGAUAGUGAACCAUCGAACGAACAUGUUUUAGUUACAUAGCUAGAAUGUGUCAUAUUCUGCAUACUCUUGAUAAGUGGUAUUUAUAGAACUGAAAGUGAAAGACCGACUUAGCAGAAAAAUAAUACUUUGUAAUCAUCAUAUCAUCAAAUAAUCCCGACUUUCCGAUUGGCUGAGAUUCAAUAAGGCAUAUUAGAUUUUCAUAUUCACCUCUACGUGUCUUGGAGGUCCCAUUUAUUCGCCUCUUACGACAAGCAAGGGGUACUGAGGAUCUAUUUUUACCCGGAUCCCCGCGGGAUCAUUGUAAACCUCUUUGCCGGUGAAGAGAUGCAAAAUCUAGGCCUUUGCUCGGCGCUUAUGGCCUUUGAGCACAAAUGGUACUGAAGACCUAUUCUAACCCGGAUCCCCGCGGUAAUAAAUCGUUCAUCUUGCGUUCACUGUUCGCGUUCGUUCACCAAAUAAUGCGUUAUGCGUUCAUACACAGUUCACUCUCUACGUGUGUUCACCGUUAAAGUGAAAGAGUAGAACAUUUCAGGGACUGUAGCAGCAAUUGGCAAAAUGUCAAUAAAAUACCUUCAUCAACAGGAAACUCUGGGUUGGCCUCAACCUAACAUGUCUUUGUUAGAAAAAAGCUUUACAGCAUCAGUGAAAUUUUAAUGGAUUUGUUUUUAAGUGUACGUAUAUAAUGAUCGCUUAACUGGUUGAGUCAUUGCUACCCGUAUAGUGACGAGAAUAACAAAAUAAAAUUUUCUUUACGCAUUGCAUAACUUGUCCUGAUUGUAGGCGAGUUCUUUGUAUAUAAAGCAGCAAAACAAGCACACCGUCGUCGUUUUCAACCCAUAUGUGCGAGUACUCAUUCACAAUUGAAAAUAUCUAAUCUAGUAAUACGACGGUGAUUUUCAUCAACUGGACGGAUGAAAUAACCCAAAACAAGGUCUGAACUACAGGCACCUGACGUGUGGAGAACUA